AUGAGAGAAAAGUUUGGAUUGUUAACUAGCAUAUACAUUUUGUUAUGGGGUACUUGUUUGUGCAGCUCUGUGGUGAAAAACAACUGCUUGAAAGUGACUUCUUUCUGGCCAAUCAAUGGAGAUUUUGAUUCCCCGACCGGAAAUUCCGGUGUUCAUCGGCAUGCCGGAACCUUGAAUGGCACGGCUGUUUAUUCUAAACCAGACAAAAGCGGAUUCCACAUCUCAUUCGAAUCAAGGCAUCAUGGACUUCCCAUGGUUCUCCUUGUUGAUCGAGGAGAGAGCUUCCUCACCUCGAAGGCAUGGUAUGGUCGGCAUGCCGGAGCAGUUGCUAUUCUUAUCGCCGAUGACAUAAACGAGCCCUUGAUUACCAUGGCUACCUCCGAAGAUGGACAAGCUUAUGGAGAAUCCGAGCAGGAUAUCGUCAUUCCAGCAGCCUUCAUUAGUAAAUCACUAGGCGACCGCAUCAAGGAGGCCAUUAGUAAUGGGGACGUUGACAUACAUCUUGACUGGAGGGAGUCCCUCCUACAUCCUAACGAGCGAGUUGAGUACGAGUUUUGGACGAAUAGCGACUAUGAGUGCGGUCCAAAGUGUGAAAGCCAGCACGAAUUCAUCAAGAACUUCAAAGGAGCUGCUCGAAUACUCGAGCGGAAAGGGUUCAUUCGUUUCAGCCCCCACUAUAUUACUUGGUAUUGCCCCGAACCUUUUGCUUUGAGCAACCGGUGCAAGUCACAAUGUAUCAAUCACGGGAGGUACUGUGUCCCCGGUCUCGACCAAGGAUACGAUGGUCAAGAUGUGGUGGUUCAGAAUCUUAUCCAAGCUUGCCUUUUCAAAGUUGCUAAUGAAAGUGGAAAGCCAUGGCUAUGGUGGGAUUACGUCACGGAGUUUGCGAACAGUUGCCAGUCGAAAAAGAAGUAUACCAAAGAGUGUGCGUAUAAAGUUAUCCGAUCUCUUGCAGGUACUGAACUAGAUAAAAUCGACAACUGUGUUGGAGACACCGAGGCCAAUGUGGAGAACCCUGUUCUUGAAGCUGAACGAGAUGCACGGAUCGGCAAAGAGUCCCUUGGAGACAUUACUAUACUGCCAACUCUUCUGAUAAACAACAGACAGUACAGAGGGAAGUUGGAGAAAGGAUCUGUUCUCAAGGAAAUUUGUGCAGGUUUUCAUGAGACAGCGCAGCGAUUGUUUUGUUUAAGAGAAGAGGCAGAUGGAUUCCGAGAUAUGGCGUUAGAUGGCGGAAGACACAGCGAUGAACAGUAA